UUUCAGCAAAUAUGGACCCUAAACCAGCCGAUAUAGUCAAAAUGUGUGUUGAUCAUUUCGACAAACUUCUUGAACCAAUAAAUUGCAUUCAAGUUAUUGCCACAGUACAAAGUCUCGAAGAACAGGGAGUGGCAAAAUGUUCGAUAUCACCAACUCUUCCAACAUAUCGACACAUUAUGAAUUUCACAUCAGGAUGCGAUUACGUGGAACUCACAUAUCUCCAAUACGCCGUACCACCUCUUAUGAUGCUCUGCUUUAUCGGAAAUAUGCUCAAUGUGCUCAUCUACGGACUUCCGUAUUUCGAAGGCUCGAGCUCGGUGCAUUUUCUUCGUGCGAAAGCAAUCGCCAACAUGGUGUUCAUGUUUUCUCGAAUUUUGGAGGUAAUGCAUGCCUCGUCUCCUCACCCAAUUUAUUGGCUGGAGCCCUUGUUUUGGAAAUCUCGACCAUAUAUGAUGAUGGUUUCGAACAUUAGCGGAACAAUGUCCACGUGGCUAACUUUGAUGGUUACAAUGGAGACCGUCAUGUGCAUCAUGACCCCAUUCGUUUUCCGGAAAUAUUGCACAAAAAAAAUGACAUGGAUUGUCCUAAUCCUAUCAACAAUUGCUGCAACUCUUCUUCAUGUUGCUAUUGUUAUAGUGACCGAUGUGCAAGAAAUCGUUCAAGUGCGGCAAUAUAUUCAAAAUUUCAAGAAAGAAAAUGCUCCUUGUUGGUUCCUGCAAUCAGCGUUUCGUGCCAGAAAUAAUCCGUACUAUGAGAUUUAUCGACGGUUCUAUGCAACCACUACUAUGGCUGUUUCCAUAGUCAUUCCAACAAUUGCCAUGCUUGUUUGCACAGUGCUUAUUAUCAAGAAAUUCACGUUCAAGAACCUCGGAGAAACGUUCUCUCAACGUCGGAAGUGUGUGAUCCGAAUGACAGUUGCCACAACGCUCACUCAUUUGUUUUUUGAAGGACCAGCUACGUUAACUCACUCAGCAAGUGCUAUUCAGGGAGACAACUACAGUUUUCUGAUGUGCGUGCUUAAUCAUGGAAACAAUUUGGGAUCUCUGGUCAAUGCCACCAUUCCAUUCUUUGUCUUCCUCUUCUGCAACCAACAAUUCCGGCAUAUGACUGUUAUGUAUAUCAAGGCUGUGAUACAAACGGAUCAAGUAAAACGAAAAUCAUAUUUCUCUCAAGCAGGAAUGCGUUGUGGUCGAAUGUCUCGAAUUGAAACGGAUCGGUCGAUGGUUGAAACUCGCCUCGUUUCGAGACCCUCUAAUGUUUAACCAUGUUCUCUAUUUGAAAAAUCCGGUUGCUUGAUUUUAUUUAGCUUGCAUUUUUUUUUAAUAUCUGACUUUUACAUUUGUAUUCUUCUCAACACGGGCCUAAACGGUUUCUAAAAAUUUAUUUCCUUUUUUUCCCCUUUUUAUUGUUUUAGUUUUCCCCUGCGUGUUUCUAUAGAAUUUUCAAUUUAUUUUGAACGCUACGGCCAACAGGAAUUCUUAUAAAGAGUUUGGACUCAAUUGUACAUUCC